GCCGUUGUACGAAAUCUCAUAGUCCUCCAUAAUGAAUAAUUUUAUUGGAUUCCGUGCUUGACAUAGAACGUUUUUAUAAAUAUUAUACGAAAAAUGGGAGAUUCAGAUGAUGAAUACGAUAGAAAAAGACGAGAUAAGUUCAGAGGUGAAAGAACUGAAUCAUAUUCUCGUGAAGGGCGCAGGGAUGAUCGUAGAAGAGAUGAUUGGGUUGAUAGUGAUUAUUUUAGGGAAUGGUCCAGUCGUCCUAGGCAAAGGCCUGAUUAUCGUGAAUAUCGUGGUGGUGGUGGUGGAGGAGGUGGACGUGAUCGUUACAGUCCAGCACGAUCACAAGAUAUAGCACAACCUAUGAAAAGAAUGCGAGUUGAUUGGGAUGAUAGACCAAGAUAUGGACAUGAUUAUUAUGGCGGUGGUGGAAGUGGUAGUGGUGGUGGAAGCACUUGGGGUCCAGAUCAUUAUCCACCUCUUCACCAUGGUAACCAUCACUAUGGCAACCAUGGUAACAGUAGCAGACUUUUAGCUAAGUUAAGCCGUGAGGUGGCUGGAAAUUUCAGCAACUCAAAUGUCGAGACCCAACCACCAAUGAUGUCUUUCAAAGCAUUUCUUGGAACUCAAGAAGACACAAUUACAGAUGAAGAGGCUAUUAAGCGCUAUAAUGAGUACAAACUGGAAUUCCGAAGGCAGCAACUCAAUGAAUUCUUUGUAGCACACAAAGAUGAAGAAUGGUUCAAAAUAAAAUAUCAUCCAGAAGAAUCUCUGAAGAGAAAAGAAGAACAACUCGCAGCUCUUAAGAAACGCGUUGAAGUAUUUAUGGAUAUGCUUCAAACAGGGGAAAUAGAUAAUGUUUCAGUUGAUGCUGAACAAGGAGAUGUAUUGUUGCGUCUUUUAGAUGCUGUUGUAAUUAAAUUGGAAGGUGGUACGGAAGAAGAUUUACAAGUUUUAGAUAUGAAACCAUCAAAUGCUAUAACUGCGAAGGAUACGGGAAAUAAAGAGAAAAGUGAAAUUAAAAAUAAAUCUACAACGGAGCAACAAACUGAAAAGAAUGAACAUGUUAAAACAGACGAAUUAGUACUUGAAGAAAAAUCAUGUAAAAAUGGGCAGAAUGCUGAUGCUGAUGUAAAACACGUUGAAGAAAAUGAAAAUGCAGUAAAUGAACUUGAGAAAAUAAAAGUAUCUGCAGAAGAAACAAAAGAUAUGGAAGAAAACUUCAAAUCUGAGGAAACAAAAGAAAAAUCAGAAGAAAUUAAUACGAGGAAACGAAAACGAACAAAUAGUAACAGUAGUAGCAGCAGCAGCAGCAGUAGUAGCUCUUCAGGAAGUGACAGCAAUAAAGCUGAUACUCCAAAAGCAGAAACACCCGAAAAUGAAAAGACAGAUGUCGUUAAUGAUAAUAAUGAGGAUGGAGGUAUCAAACAAGAAAAGGAAGAAAUAAAAACAGAGCAAGUUGACUCGAUAGAAACUAAAAAACCUGCAAUUGAGCCAGAGGCUGUUAUUGAUUUAGCCAGUGAAGAUAAAGAAAAGGAACCUAGGGCACUUCAUAAAACUAGUAGUAUCUUUCUCCGAAAUUUGGCACCAACUAUUACAAAAGCCGAAGUCGAAGCGAUGUGUAAGCGUUUUCCUGGUUUCUUGCGGGUUGCAAUAGCCGAUCCGCAACCGGAAAGACGAUGGUUUCGACGUGGUUGGGUCUCAUUUGAAAGACAAGUUAAUAUAAAAGAAAUCUGUUGGAGUUUAAACAAUAUACGACAGCUAAGAGAUUGUGAAUUAGGCGCUAUUGUAAACAGAGAUCUGUCACGUCGUAUUCGUAGAAUAAAUGGAAUUACCUCUCACAAGCAAAUAAUUAGACAUGACAUUAAGCUUAGCGCAAAGAUUGUUCAUAAUUUAGAUAAUCGUGUAGGAUUGUGGAAUGAAGAAAAAAAAGAGGAAAAUUCGAACAAACAAAACGAUGAUAAUAAAGAAAAUACAACAUCUCAAAGUGAAGUUGAACAAGCUGCUUUUGGAUUAUCUUCGAAAAAUCCAGUAUUGAAAAAUAUAACGGACUAUUUGAUAGAGGAGGCAUCAGCAGAAGAAGAAGAAUUGUUAGGUAUGUCCGGUGACCAAGAGGAAGGUCAAUUAGGAGGAGAUGGAGAUGGACCGAUUGAGAGAGAUCCAUCCUUAAUUAAAGUACUAGAUAGAUUGGUAUUAUAUUUACGAGUAGUUCAUUCGGUAGAUUAUUACAAUCAUUGUGAAUAUCCCAAUGAAGAUGAAAUGCCGAAUAGAUGUGGAAUAAUGCACGUUAGAGGUUCUCCACCCACAGCUAAGGUGACUAGUACCGAAUUACAAGAAUACUGUCGUAAUUUUGAAACUAAAAUGGCUGCUUUCCUACAACCUGUUGCGACUUUGUCAACUGAAGAAUUUGAUAAACUCGGUGCUAAAAAUGCCGAUGCUGAAGUUGAAAAAUUUGUGCAAGCGAACACGCAAGAAUUAUCGAAAGAUAAAUGGUUGUGUCCUCUCAGUGGAAAAAAAUUCAAGGGACCUGAUUUUAUCCGUAAACAUAUAUUCAAUAAACACGCAGAGAAAGUUAACGAAGUUAUGACUGAAGCAGAAUAUUUUAAUAAUUAUCUGAAAGAUCCAAAACGACCACAGCUUCCAGAACAUCCUGGCAAUAAAGUAUCGCCUAGGGAAGGACCACGUGAAGGUUUUAAUCCAUACGGUUGUACAACAUUUGGAAGUUAUGGAGCUGGUUACGGAGGAGGCAGAGGAGGUUAUGGCUCCGGCUACGGUGGCGGAUUUGGCGGAGGAUUUGGAAUGCCUCGUCCCAGUCGUGGUGGUUUUAACAGAGGAAGGGUCGCCGCAGAUUCAACUUCAAGAACUAUUAUUAAUUAUAAUGACUUGGACUAGAUGGACAUGGACAUUUUCUAAGUUUAUUUAAUUCCAUUUGAUUCUUGCAUUAAUAAAAUAAAAUUUUUUAAAAUGUCUGGUCUUUUGUGCCAACAGAUUUAUAUCUGGAUUAUGUAACACAAUAUCGCUAAAAAAAAAAAAGAAAAAAGAGAAUAGAAAUACAAAAAUUGUUCACUGCCAUUUGCAAUUCUCAGUAUAAAUUCAUUUGUAAAACUAAUGUGUUACAAAAUCAGCACAACUAUUUUUUUUUAUAUUUUUAUUUACUCUUAUUUUAAAAAUUCAUCGAGAUCCAAAUAUUCGUAAAAAAAAAAUAUAUAUAUAUAUAUAUAUAUAUAUAUGUUUAUUUUUCCAAGUGAAGAAAAUAAAUUACAAAAUUUUUAUUUACUUCAAAGAAUACUAGGAUCAAUCGAUGCUAUAACUAUAUGUGACCAACAAAAUAAAACUAUUUGUUACUAA